AUGUCUGAAUAUCUUGGUUGGAGUGAAAAUAAACCAAAUAGAGAUUAUAUAAGAUUUCAUAAAAAGUAUGAUACUGAUUCUUCUAUUGGUGGACCAAUAACAAAUGGUUAUGAAGAUUAUGUUAAAUCUAUCUUUAAAAAUUCUAAUGUAAAUAAUAAAGAUGACUCUUUUUCUGAAGAAUAUAGAAUGCCACAAGGUGUAACUGAAGCUUCUAAAGGAAUUUCUGCUAGAACUAUGUUAAAAAUGGAACAACAUCUUGGAAAACAUGCUUUAGAUAAUUUAGGUGAUAUGCAUCUUGAUCUAGAUUCAAAACAUCAUGAUCCAAUGGAUGAAUUAUAUUCUGAAAUUGGAUUAUGCAAACCUGAAACUACAAGAUUUUCUGAAUAUGUUGUUUAUAAACCAAAAUGUAGUUCAGAAUAUUUUUCUACUCUUAAUAGAAGACAAUAUCCAAUUUAUUCAUCAGAUGAUUGUAAGGGUGCUUUCAGUUCAUAUCAAGCCCCAGACAAACAUGAUUGGAGAUAUAAUGAUAGGCAAAUGUUAAUUGAUUAUAAACAAUUUGAUUCAUCACCAUUAUCACCAUACAUGUAUAGAGAUCAUCAAUUUUUAAAAAAUCAAGAUUCUAGAAUAAUUGGUUCUAAUUUUGUUCAACUUACAACAAGACCAAAAGAUCGUUUUUUAGAAAAAAUUGAUAAAACACUUGCUGAAGUUCGUGCUAUGCCACGUUUUUUUUAA